AUGAAGAUCGGGAAGGCUCCUGAGCUCCCGAAGAAGGCGGCAGCGAUGUGCAAGAGCAAGACCACCAGGCUCCUCAUCCUCGCCUCGCUCCAGCGCCGUAGGAUGGCCACGGCCGCCGUGGUCUCUCGCAAGAUUGACGCGCUCAUAAUGGCUGACUGGGAGAGAGCGGACCGCCACAAGGCACUCGCGUUGGGAAUGGUCGAGAAGAAACCGGUCAUCAACCAUGAGAGUGACUUGGAGGCCAACUUUUCUCGUCACUUGGUGAUGUUCGGUCAAGAGAAUGGUCAUGGUCGCUGCCACACUGACCGAAUGCAUUCCUUCUUCAACAACGACCAAGAGAACUUCCAUUACACUGACGAUGAUGAUGUGGAACUUGAUUCAUGUGAUCAAGACGAUGAUGAUGAGCCAUCAGUCAUGGAUGUAAUCAAGAACAACCGAGAAGUUGAGGGGUUGGAGUUCAACAUGGAGGAGGAGAUUGAUCAGGCUGCUGAUAUGUUCAUUAGGAGAUUCCGGCAGCGGCUGAACGAGGGAUUUUAG